GGUGCGCCGUUGUUCCAGUUCUCCCCAAUCAUAAAACCCAUCAUCGAAUCGCAGAAAACCAAAAAAAACCAAACAAACGCAGAUUCAGAAACAACAAUGAUGAAGAAGUCCAUGAGAGCUGCCACUGAUUUAACCCGUCGUAUUUGAAAUGGGAAUCCCAACCACCACCAACUGGUGCAGCAACUCUGCUCUCUUGAGUCGCUUCCGAUCCAAGUCUGCGUCACCAUCCCCACCAACACCACCACCACCUCCCUCUUCGCUCUCUUUAUCAUCACCUCUGCUGCGCUCUCCAAUACCAUGAUCCUCUCCCUCGCUCCCUCUCUUGGAUCUCAGCUGCAGAUCCAUACCCACCAAACCCAAUCCCAAUGGACCCUGCUUCUCGCCCCGCAGUAGUCAUCGACAAUGGCACCGGCUAUACUAAGAUGGGGUUUGCCGGCAACGUCGAGCCGUGUUACAUUGUGCCCACAGUAGUUGCAGUCAACGAUUCGUUUGUGAACCAAUCGAGAAGCACCUCCUCCAAGGCCAGCUGGAUAGCGCAGCACAAUGCCGGCGUGAUGGCCGAUCUUGAUUUCUUCAUAGGGGAUGAGGCUAUCGAGAAAUCGAGAUCCAGCUCGACUUAUAAUUUGAAGUAUCCGAUUAGUCAUGGGCAGGUGGAGAACUGGGACUCGAUGGAGCGGUUCUGGCAGCAGUGUAUAUUUAAUUACUUGCGUUGUGACCCUGAAGAUCAUUACUUUCUUUUGACUGAGAGCCCGCUUACUGCCCCGGAGAGCCGGGAGUAUACGGGGGAGAUUAUGUUUGAGACUUUCAAUGUUCCUGGCCUUUACAUUGCUGUGAACUCGGUUCUUGCUCUUGCAGCUGGCUACACUACCUCUAAGUGUGAGAUGACAGGUGUUGUAGUAGAUGUUGGAGAUGGGGCCAGUCAUGUUGUUCCUGUUGCCGAAGGUUAUGUUAUUGGGAGCAGCAUCAAGUCUGUUCCAAUUGCAGGGAGAGAUGUCACUCUUUUUGUCCAACAACUUAUGCGGGAAAGAGGAGAGAAUGUGCCACCAGAAGACUCCUUUGAUGUAGCUAGAAAAGUGAAGGAAAUGUAUUGCUAUACUAGUUCUGACAUCGUCAAGGAGUUCAACAAGCAUGAUAAAGAACCAUCCAAGUAUAUUAAGCAAUGGAAAGGCAUUAAACCAAAGACAGGAGCACCGUACACUUGUGAUAUUGGCUAUGAACGAUUUCUUGGACCAGAGGUAUUUUUUAAUCCUGAGAUUUACAGCAGCGAUUUCACCACUCCAUUACCAGUUGUAAUUGACAAAUGUAUUCAGUCUGCUCCAAUUGACACCAGGAGGUCUUUGUAUAAGAAUAUUGUGUUGUCUGGAGGUUCAACGAUGUUCAAGGACUUCCAUAGAAGGCUGCAAAGAGAUAUAAAGAAGAUUGUGGAUGCCCGGCUUCAUGCAUCUGAAGCUCGAGUCGGUGGAGAACUGAAAUCACAUCCAGUGGAAGUAAACGUGGUAAGCCAUCCCAUCCAGAGAUAUGCAGUUUGGUUUGGAGGCUCCGUACUUGCAUCCACACCUGAAUUCUUUGGGGCUUGCCAUACAAAAGCAGAGUAUGAGGAAUACGGUGCAAGCAUCUGUAGAACAAAUCCUGUUUUCAAGGGUAUGUACUGAUGCACAUAUACUGGAUCAUGUGCUGGCAUUUCCUGAUCAAAAUUGGAAUGCUCAGUAUCUGACCUCAUGGUAUUUGCUUGGUCUCAUCCAAACAAUUGUGCUUCCAAGAGGUGGUGUAAAAUAUAGUUUCUCAUCUUAACGUUGUAAGAGAUGUGGGGUUUUCUUUUUGUAAUGAAUGUUUUGUUAGAGGGCAAUAGGUCUCUUAGAAGCCAAAUAGGAAAUAGCGUAUUGAUGAUUACAUGUCCAAGUGGCCCGGAGGAUCAGAGUGAGAAUCGCG